UCUCUCUCUCUGUGUUCACACAUUUUCAUCCACACUGGAAACUCUCCGGGUUAUCCCUCUCUGCGUAAUGGGCGUACCUCUCCGUGUUCCUGCAUCACAAGAGGAGUAAAAGGUGAGGGAUCACACAGCUCCAUAAAUACUUGGUGUGGCAGAGAGCUUUGGAUGGACCCUGGAGGAGCAAAUACUGCUGGAAGGAAGGAAGCGCGCAAAACUUGCAGGAGAGAGGAGAGGAGCGCACUACUUUUUUCUUGCAAGCUGAUACCUUCAUCUGUAGUUUAACCACCGUGAAAGUUGCGGUGGCUAAUAUGGGAAGUCUAUGAUUCCCAGAGAUAUAUAACUUAUUUCUCUCUCACACAAGAGUGCGAUGUAAAAGUUCAACUUCACCAAACUUGUCCAAGAUGAAGUACCAUGCGCUACUACUCGGACUCGCGUGGAGCUGCUUGAGCGUUCUCUCGUGCGCUCGCUGCGGCUUAAGUGACAACCACGUGCACUCCAGCUUCAUCUACAGGAGGCUGCGCAACCACGAGCGCAGGGAGAUCCAGAGAGAGAUCCUCUCCAUCCUGGGCCUGCCGCACCGACCCAGGCCCUUCUCUCCCGGCAAGCAGGCGUCCUCUGCACCGCUCUUCAUGCUCGACCUGUACAACGCCAUGGCCGUGGAGGAGGAGGAGGUGGAGGUGGAGGUGAUGGUGCAGCAGCAGCAGCAGAAGAGCUUCAGUGCCAAGGCUCAAGGGCACUCCAGGAAAGGGUACUACAGCCCAACCCAGCAGCAGCACCAGCAUGCCACCGGGUACUCCCGAGUGGCUCAGCCGUACCGAGCAGCUCCUCUGCUGGGCCACAGUCCUGCGCUCACCACGGUGCACGACACCAACUUCCUCAAUGAUGCAGACAUGGUGAUGAGUUUUGUCAAUUUAGUGGAGAAAGAUAAAGAUUUUUCACACCAACGAAGACACUACAAGGAGUUCCGUUUUGAUCUGACUCAGAUCCCGGACGGAGAGGCGGUGACUGCGGCAGAGUUUCGAAUCUAUAAGGACCGCAGUCACGCCCGCUACGACAAUGUCACUCUGAAGGUUUCCAUAUAUCAAGUCAUCAAGGAAUAUCAAAACAACGAUGCAGAAACGUUCUUGCUCGGCUCCAAAAAGGUCCAGGCGUCCGACGGAGGCUGGCUAGUGUUUGACAUCACGACCACCAGUAACCACUGGGUGAUGAACCCACAGCAGAACUUUGGCCUGCAGCUCUGUGUGGAGACUGUAGACGGCCGCAGUAUCAACAUGAAAUCUGCUGGAAUCAUUGGGAGGAACGGGCCCCAGUCCAAACAGCCUUUCCUGGUUGCUUUCUUCAAGGCCAGUGGGGUGUUGCUUCGCUCUGUCAGAGCUGCUGGUGGGAAGAAAAAGAACCACAAUCGUAAUAAAUCUACUAACCAACAAGAAUCAUCUAAAGCACCAAAAACAGGAGAUUACAACACAAGCGAACAGAAGCAAGCCUGCAAGAAGCACGAACUUUACGUCAGUUUUCGAGAUUUGGGCUGGCAGGAUUGGAUCAUUGCACCUGAGGGCUAUGCUGCUUUUUACUGUGAUGGCGAAUGCUCUUUUCCACUCAACGCACACAUGAAUGCAACAAAUCACGCAAUUGUGCAAACCCUGGUCCACUUAAUGUUUCCUGACAAUGUGCCAAAGCCAUGCUGCGCCCCGACCAAGCUCAACGCAAUAUCAGUGCUUUACUUUGAUGACAGCUCUAACGUUAUCCUCAAGAAAUAUAGAAAUAUGGUAGUUAGGUCAUGUGGUUGCCAUUAGUGGCCGGGCUAACUUUAAUUUAUGCUAUCUGGUAUGGGAACCGCUGGAAAACACAUCUGCUGCAGGUGUGAUGUGAUGUACAGUAUUAUGUAUAUAAAGUUUUAUUACCUAAUUUAUUUUCUUCUUUUUUAUAUAAAAUAGCACUGAAUAUUGUGAUAUUUAAAUGAUUAGGACAAAAUGAUUUUACUUUACGUCAGUUAUCAGUUAACUUUUGUGUCCGUUGGCAUAUACUCCCUCUUAGUUACGUCUGUAUGAUAACUUUUAUGAGUUAACUAUUCACUGGAGUCAUCAUGAUGCAUAAGAUCGCUUCCCCUUCUGCUUGUUUUUCCCCUUUAAAAAUACGCUUGUGCUACAAAUGCUCACUGAGCUGGAAUUAUACAUGGAUGUCAAUUUAUGAUGUGUUUUUCUUCAACGCUAAUUUGAGUUUCUUAGUUUGUCUAAUAGACUGUAUAUAAAGAUGGACAACAUGACAGCUCCCCAAAAGUGAAGCCAAAACAUCUUGAUUGCC